AUGAGGGGCAAGCCAUCUAAUGUAGUGAUCAAGCUUGACAUGGCCAAAGCUUAUGAUAGAGUCUCCAUGCUAUUGUUGACAAAGGUGUUAAUGAAAAUGGGGUUUGGAGAAGUCUUCAUUGAUAUGAUAUACAGGUUGGUAUCCAAUAAUUGGUAUUCAGUGCUAUUGAUUGGGAAAGCUAAUGGCGUUUUCAAGCCUACUAGGGGUGUCAAACAAGGGGAUCCUCUAUCACCUACCUUAUUCAUAUUGACUAUUGAAGUUCUUGGAAGAGAAUUGGAUGCUUUGUUUGAUAAUCCAGACUUUAUUGGAUUUGGGAUGCCAAAAUGGAGUCACAACAUCAAUUACCUAUCAUAUGCCAAUAAUACUAUUAUCUUUAGUUCAUCACAUUAUGGAGCUAGACAGUUGAUUAUGAAUGUGUUGGAAGACUAUGAGGCAACUUCUAGACAGAAAGUGAACAAGGAAAAAUCAUUAUUCUACAUGAAUGAAAGUGCAGAUCCCGAAGAAGCUAAUGCACUGCACUUGGCCACCAUAUUUCAAAGACAUCCAUUCCAUUUUACAUAUCUUAGGAGCUGGAAUGAGGAGCUUUUGAGGGAACUUCUUCCAGAUGAACUAGUUGAUCACAUUAUGGAGAAAAUCACACCAAAAAACAGUCCUGAAUUGAAGGAUAAGGCAUUUUGGAAGUUGGAAUCCAAAGGACAUUUCUCAAUGAAGACUGCUUGGCAACACGCAAGGAAGAGGAAACAUGAGAAGAAUCUUUAUAAGUUUAUAUGGGUAAAGGGGCUACCAUUCAAGAUUUCUUUCUUCAUGUGGAGUUUAUGGAAAGCUAAACUACCACUGGAUGAUUACAUGAGAAUAAUGGGGUACUUCAUGCCAUCAUAA